UAGCCACUCUCGCGGCUCGGUCGUUACUCCAAUCGGCGGAAAAAUGUCGCAAGUCCGUGCCGCUCUGGUAAAACUGCAGGCCCUGUUUGGACUGAUCGGCCUCGUGGCUCUUACUCCACUGCUCGUCUCGGCCGCGAUUCUCAGCCGGCUGAUCGCCAAACUCUGCUGCUGCUCACCGCCGAAGAGCAUCGAGGGAGAAGUGGCCGUGGUUACUGGAGCUGGUCAUGGUCUAGGUCGAGCCAUUUCGCUGGAGCUGGCCAAGAAGGGCUGCCACAUUGCCGUAGUGGAUAUCAAUUUGUCCGGGGCCGAGAACACCGUCAAGCAAAUUCAGGAAACCUAUAAUGUUCGCGCCAAGGCCUACAAGGCAAAUGUUACUAGUCAUAAAGAAAUUGUUGAGCUCAAUUCAAAAGUGGUUGGUGAUCUGGGACCGGUUACUGUUCUAAUAAAUAAUGCCGGCGUAAUGUUGCAUCGCAAUUCAUUGGACCCCGAACCGGCUGAUGUGCAGCUAAUGAUCGACGUUAAUCUAACGUCGCACUUCUGGACUAAAUUUGUGUUCCUGCCGCCAAUGAAGGCGUUGCGCCGCGGAUUUAUAGUCACCAUAAGUUCGCUGGCAGGUAUUUUUCCCCUGCCCUACAGUGCGGCUUACACAGCCAGCAAGGCUGGCACUUUGGCUCACAUGAGGGCCUUGCAAAUGGAGCUGCAGCUGGAGAAGCAGAAGGACAUCCAUGUGACCACCGUGCUGCCCACCUUUCUGCGCACCAACGAUGAGAUAACGGAGCUAACGAAAACCAUCGGAAUCAAUAACCUAUAUCCCCUGAUCACUGGCGAGGAGGUGGCCCAACGAGUUGUGUCCGGAAUGAUGCGGGGUGAGCACGAGAUCACGUUGCCGGGACUUGCAUCCGUUCUCUACCGGCUGCUGUACCUUCUGCCCUCGGACUGGCAGCUUCGAAUGAUUCUGCUGCUCAGCGAUAAUCAGUUCAAGCGGUUCUGCGAGGUGCGAUUGCGAUCCUGAGAUCGAUUCGGUUAAAGGUGAAUAAAACCAUAUACACGUGUGUGUAUAUUCCGGGCUGGGAUAAAAACAAAAAUGAAAAACAGGUUCUCUGCUGCCCGGGGACUCUCAGGUGGAGGCGCUGCUUAAAAGCGUUUUAUUAAAAUCCGAUUAAAGAUUCUUUUUGCGGCCGGCUGGUUACGGACAACUGGCCACAGGCCACGGGCUCCAGUCAUGUGCUCUCCAUUUAAUUUCAGCCAGCCAGCCGGCCAGCCAGCCGACCAGCCAGCCAGCCAGCCAGCAUUGCUUUAAUUCUGGAGCUCCGUCUGGAUUCACUUCGUCUGCAUUUGUCAGUUGGCAGAGGGGCGGAAAACGAAAACGGGAAAAAUGGAGAAAAUGGGAAAUACGGGGAUGCAAUCAACUUGUCAGCGCUCCCACUUUUCCAUCCUUGUGCUGAAUCUCAUUAUGCAACUUUUAUGGGGUCAUUGAGGCUGUGUGAUUUAUAUAUUUUGCGAAAUUAAAAAAGCUUAACAAAGGCUUAAAGAGCCACAACAAAAUUUUGUGUUGCAUAUACCCGGGUGCAAUAGAAAACUGCAAGCCUUUGGACUCACUCGCAUUUCAUGUGUUAUUAGGGGUUUAUAGAGCAAUGCGGUGAAAGUACAUGUGCAAUGUUUUUCUUUGCCACUUCAAACGA